CCCUGCCUCCAACCCCGCACCUGUUGUCCCCGGCGGUGGCGGCGUCUUCGCUGUCCGCGCUGGUAAACCUGUCCGCCGAGGACAUGUCGGUGCAGACGCCCCGGCUGUCCCCGUUGCGGGAACUCUGGCUCCACCUGCGGCCCCUGGACCUAGACGAGUGGCCGUCCAAGUCCUGGUACUCUAAAGUGGGAGACGUCUGCAGGGCCCCGAUCUACUUCAUCAUGACAAUCACGAUACCGGUGGUGGACUACGAGAACGACAAGAACAACUGGUGCCGUCUGCUGAACAGCUGCCACUGCGUCAUCAGCCCCCUGUUCAUCGUUAUCGUCACCCACGGUAUGGAUGACCUUGUGGGGGGAUUCCCAGUGGCGCUGAUUGUGCUGGCUGCUUGUCUCGUGCUGGCCAUCUUGGUCUUCUUCACGUCCAAGUACGAGGAAGCGCCCAGAUACCACUGGGUAUUCGGCUACGUCGGUUUCUUCGUGUCAGUAGCCUGGAUCUACGUUCUGGCCAACGAAGUGGUCUCUAUGCUCAAGACAAUGGGGAUCGUGAUCGGUCUCAGCGACGCUUUCCUCGGAAUGACCGUCCUUGCGUGGGGAAACAGCAUAGGAGACUUCAUAUCUAAUCUGUCUGUGGCUCGGCAAGGCUAUCCACGUAUGGCGAUUUCGGCGUGUUACGGUGGACCCCUGCUCAAUCUCCUUCUAGGAUUUGGAAUUCCUUACACGUUAAAGCUGGCGCAAGUGGGCGGCCGGCUAAGUCUGGAGUGGAGCAGCAUGAUUGGCAUCCUCUAUGGGACCAUCUGCCACACACUGGUGUCCACCCUUGUGGUCAUGCUCAUCCUUAGAUUCAACGUCAAGAGGAUUUUCGGUGCCUACCUCAUCCUGGUAUAUGCCCUGUAUUGCCUCGUCGCCAUUCUCCUUGAAUCUAAGGUCAUCUGAGAUUGUUCACGGUGUUUGUGGUGUCACGCCUCGAACGGUGCCCUACCGAAUAAGCAGCGAUCGAGGCUGCUACAGUGCCUCGAUUGCAGUACAGACUUGCGGAGGACCAGGCCAAAUCACAGCUCACUGCUUCAGUGGUGUACAGCCAUGCCAGCCUCAAGAAGCAACUGCAACAAGUGACACAAGUGUGGUGCAAGUUUGUGGAACCAACCUGCGAUUAUGACCUGCAGGUACAACCCUACAGUACACACCUGCCAUCUGUGGUAAAAAUACAAAAAAAAAAUAGUGGUACAAAAGUUGACUAUUACCAACUCUGAAGAACAAACUUUGGAAUUUCAAUACCGGGCUGUGUUAUAAGAGUGGGAGUGCUUCGAAAACAACAUAUAGUAGUGUUGAACUCGGACGAGAUUGAGUGCUGUCCAAGUUCCAGAUGUGUCCAUUCCAGUAACAAAGGCAUUACUGGAGAGGGUUUCUUGUAUGUCCGAUUGUAGCAAUAUCAAAGACAAAAAUAUUACUGCGAUAGACAGAAAUACAAAUGCAAGACAACUAUUCCUCAGCACUUUGGUGCCACAUUGUGACAAUAAGUGCGCUACGAGGAUUGUUCAUAUGCCUCAACAUUCACAGACAGGAUAGUUUGAAUGUCAAAAGAAUGGUGAUUGGGCAUUUAUAUUUCUUUUGACUGCGAUAAUACAUGCAUUCAUAGUUCUUGCAGGAGCCCUUGUGGAGCAACAUGCUUCAAAGCCCCUGCACAACAUACCAACUUUCUGUGUGCAUGUCAGUAGUGUGAAUUGUUUGAAGUUUUCCAGUCGGUCAUCAUGAGACAAUGGCACUGCUUGAAAUGGUGCAGAUGACCUCGUAGUAAUGUUUGUGUUCAUACAGCUAGUGCAAUCACAGCCAGUGAAGGCCCUGGGUUUGAGGGCAGUACUGGGGAAUUCCUGUGGAUCUGCCUACAGAAGUAUGGAGGGAUACAGAGCUUUGGUAGACGUCAUGGUAGUGCAUAAAUAUCUGCAUUCUACUAUGUGGACGCUGCAGCCUGCACCUCUCAGUGCAUUGCCACUGAAAGGCUUUUUUUCCUCAGGUUUGCUGGGAUGUUUGGUAUGGAUGUAGGUGAGCAUAAUCUUAGUGCUCACUCGAUAAGCGGUGAAGUGGAAGCAAUAAGAUUUUAGUAUGAUGUUUGGUAUGGAUGUAGGUCAGCAUAGUCUUAAUGCUCACUGGAUAAGUGGUAAAGUGGAAGCAAUAAGAUUUUAGUAUAGGUGGACACAAUAGGACGCAUGCAUCAAAUUUUAAAUGACCUCAAACAUCUGCAUGACCUUUCUGGCUAAUCAGACACAGCAUCUGCAACGCAUGUUUAACUCAUCUUUCAGAUUGUGUAAAGCACAUCACACUUCACUGGAGCAUGUGCAUGCUUUUCUAUGCCAUCAAAAAUAGGCAUCUGGUGUAUUCUGCAAAACACUUUGCAUGCUCAAUGGUGUUAGGCAGAUACAGGAGAGCCCAAAUGACGGUACGAAUUUUGCCGCUGGUACCCUGAAGAAGGUGCAUCAAUACAAAGCCAAAGAUAAACAAAGCUGGCAUAAAACACUCUCUGGUUAAGUCUGUCCCAAGCUGUAAAGAGGCAGAUUUCUUUUUUUUUUUUU